GCUGCUGGCCUGCCUGCCUCUCUCUCCCUCCCUCUCUGCUUGGAUCGUGAUGGGCGCGCUCUCAUGCCUCCCAAUCCCCGCACAAUCCAGCUAUGGAGGAGGUGUCUGAGGUGCUGCAGGGCAAUGGAGGGAGCUAUGGGCAACUACUACCACGGCUUCGCCAGGGAACAUAUCGUGGCCCAUCGAGAGGAGGACGACGCAGAGCGCGUCGAACACUUGCUAGACAAGGGCGAGCAGAACCUUAGGUUCGUCCUGCGAAAAUACCGGAUGACCGAACCAAGGCCGCCAGAAUCGUUGGGAACACCCGAGAGAACAAGGACCAAGAAGACGCGGCGGCGGCAAGCGGCAGCGAAGCAGAGAGCGGCAGGUCGGCAGGAGGCCGAAGGGGCGGCGGGGUGGGGUAACGACAGCAGCACUUGGACUCCUGGCCGAUGACGAUUAUUCAACAGCGGCAGUGGUGGCUUGACAACGAAGCAGGCUCACGGCUGUUUUAGUCUGUAGGAGCAGAAGGGAAACAAAUAGUCGAGUAGUAAUGAGGUAGCAAGGUAAAGGCUACUCUGCAUUACACUCAGGUGCAUGCGAUAUGAAUUCGGACAUUUUCCCGUACGUAUUCGUACACAUCUCAUCAUGUACAUUUAUUUCAAGACACGGAGGGAGGUAUACCACUAGGCACGAGAACACUCCGGGGCGAGGACUCCGGAAAAUGUUUGAUGUCAAUGUUGAUGUUUUCUACACGGAUUUCUUAACCCUCUGAGUACUGGAAGCAUGAAUGGGGACACUUUGGGGACACAGCACUCAAAUGCCUAUUUUCCGCAUCUUAGUCACCCUAUUUCGUGCCGUGUAAACGCACGUGAGAACCUUAGGUCCAUCGUGCUUGGCUGAGGCGGUACGCUGUGUGAUAUGCUGUGUGAUGCCCCUCCUCGGCCUCUGGCUUGCUGCACACCAGUCUCCCAAGCCGCGUGUCCCCUAGGUGGUAAAACUGUUCUUUGCCUGGUACUGUAAAACUUGCUGACUUGGCUCCAGUGCGAAAAAUGUCCCCACGUU